AUGGCCUCCGUUGCGCUGCCGCAGCACUGGGACAGGGCACCCGACACCACUGACAGCGGCUUCAUCCCCAGCACCACCGCUGCUAGCACCGAGGCUGCCUCUACGGCUGCUGAUCCCACUGGAGCCCUGCACAAAAACACUACUGCAGCUGCCAGCGUGUCGCUCCACUUGUCACCACCAGUAGCCGGACACCUCCUCCACCCGCUCCCGCGUUAUCAGGCCCAAUCCCAGUCCCCGACUGAAGACACGCAUGAUGAGCCAGCCAAUUUCUUGAAUUUCUCUGAUGUUGCCAGUGAGCUCUCGCACCUCCCCUUCGCUGCACCAGCCUCCUCAUCGACGACCUCGACGUCCUCGGCCUCCUCGACAACGUCCACAACCACAACAUCGACGGCACACCCAUCGCCCCCUUCUGCGCCCUCCACCCUUAUUAGUGACGCAUUCAACCUAGCUUCGUCCCGUCUAGCACCACGAAAGCAUCGCCAGCAAAACCCACAGCCAUCCACUCCCGCAACCGCUGCCACACCCACAGCCACAGUCCUCAGAACCUCCCCCGGCCUAGCUGCUCGACUCAAAGCACUCGGGUUCGGAGCCUCCAGCAGCACCGCACAGCCAGCCACAGCACCUACUGAGCCCAACCACAUCGGCCGGCUGAACGAGGAACAAUUACGCGAGCUCGACGAGAAGCAUCAACUCAACUCGUUGGAAUCAAUCAUCGUACGGCGCGGUCGCCCGUGGAAGGGCAUCGGCCCCACCGCGUCUCCUAAACAGCUGCCUGCUCAGCUCGACGUCGACGAGUUGGGUCCUCAGCUCCCUGAGACUAUUCUACCAAACGACCUCGUGCUUGAUGUUAUGGAUACGCAAAAGUACCGUCUGCCCGACCACACAAAUGGCAACAAUACCAAAGCCGACCCGGAUACGCUCCGUGAACACAUCGCCCGCGACUCAAUCUCCCUGGCAGAGAUUGUUGACAACGUAACGCCUCCGCCUCCGCCCCCGAAAGACACGCCUCCCGCCAGCGCGGUCCUGAACGAUGACGGCCCAAACCUGGACUCGUACUUCUCCCCGGUUCACAGCCGUCCCAUGUCAAUAUAUACCCUCUCCCGCGUCUCCUUCGCCAACCAGCUGUCCCAGUUGACGUCCUUGCAGCUCCCAGAUGCCGAAUCCCUCUCGAGCAAAGUCUCAGCUAUCCCCACCGCGCAGGCCGCCUCGACAGCUCUCAUCAAUGCCGCCGAGCAGAUUCGAAGCUGGAUUAGCAAGGCCUCCGAGGUCAUCGGAGGUCUCGAUAGCGAGGACGAUGUAGAGUGGUCUGCCGCAGGUGGCCGGGAGGGGCUCGCAGAAGUCGAAAAUGCCAUUUUGCGAUUCGAGGAGUUGAUCAAUGUUUACGUGGGAGCCAUUGAAGAGUUGCAAGCACGACCCGACAUUGCCAGUGUUUCGACCGAUGACUUGAACAAGGCUGUUCACCAGAUGGAAAGCAUCAUGACUGAAUGGACCAAGAUUCGAAACACUCUGCAAAAUGUCCGCGGCCAGGUCGAAAUUGCCAUGGAAUGGGAAGAACUCUGGAACAACGUCCUGGGCGAUAUUCAGGGUGAGAUGGAUGAGUUGAGCCGUCUGGUCUUUGAGAUGGAGGAACGUCGCCACAAAAGCAUUGCUGCCGCUGCUGGCGGCGAUGGGGUUGAUAUCGGGGACCUUGAGACCAUUGUAGAGGACAAUCGCCCGCCUGUUGCUCGCCUACAGGCUCCGAGCCGUGUCAGUUUCCCCGGCUUCCCAAUAACGCCCAGCUCCCCCGAGACCCCAGCCCUAUCUCAGGAUGAUUCAAGUCUGCUCGCCCUAUUCGCACGAAUGCAGCCUCUAAGAGCCUCGUUGGACUUUCUCCCGAUGCGCCUGUCAGUGUUCCAGGCAAGGGCCGACUACUCAUUCCCCACCGCCUGUGAUGAAUUGGAAAUGCGCCGCACCGGGCUUGAUGCAAGCUACAAGAAGCUGGAGAGGGAUGCGGAGUCUUUGCGAAAGGAACUUGGAGAGGAUCGCUGGGUAAUAGUAUUUCGCGGCGUCGGCAGACAGGCUCAGAAGAUGCACGAGUCUGUUGAACGUUCCCUCAUCAAGCUCCAGGAAUCCAUUGAUGCAGGCCUGCAUCUAUCUAACCCUCCCGCCAUGGUCAAGAAACUGGAAAGCUAUGAAGCCAAGAAGACACACUAUGGUCCGGCUAUCGAACGAGUACUAUCCAUCAUAGACAAGGGGGUCAAGGACCGCCUGACUGUCAAUGGAGAGAUUGUGCGAUUACGGACCGAUUUGGAGUCCAAAUGGACCAGCCUUAAGGAUCAAAUGGUCGAUAUGGAUGCAACCAUAGACACGCUGCACGUCGAUAGGAAGGGCCAACACCUCAGAGACUCCAUCUCCAGCAUGGUCUCCAACGACAGAUCUACCACAGCUGGAAGCGGCCAUGAGACUCCUGGAAGCUCACCACCCUCGUCCAUCGUAAUGUCCAGCCUGGGCAUUGAGCCUUAUGGUUCAGCAAAACAGCGCAAAACUCGCCCUGCCAACUUGCAGACUCGCACCCCGCCUUCGUACCGGAGACAGUCGUCAGUCCCUUCUUCCAUCAACUCGGGCCGCAGGCUUACUCCUUCUCGCCUCCCCACCACAAUCGGCUCGUCGACAACCACCCCGACGCACGCGCGAGGUACCCCACGAUCCGUAUCAAGCCUGGACCACAGGCCACGCUGGAAUACGUCUACCAACGCAUCUGGCAUUGAUACUGGCCACAACUUCAAGCCUUUGUCUCUCACGACCCCGAGCCCAUACUCGAAGCUGACUCCCCUAUCGUCACAGAGGUCUGUCUCUUCCUUGACGCCAGGCUCGGCCACAUCCAAACUUCCCAAGCUUCGCACCCCUCUUACCAGAGCCACUUCCGAGUCUCCCAAAGUGGGCGACACACAAAUUCGAGCAGGCCCUUCCCGCUUGUCUUUCCGUGAACGCCUUGCGUCCUCAGCUGCGAAUGCUGGACAGCAACCAUCACCAGCGACGACACCUGCAACGACAACAGUGCCCGCAAUAGCAAGGCCUCGCCCUCAGGGAAGCUCCUUAACAGCAUCCACUGAGGCAUCAAUGAGACGAGCUUCCUUUCACCCUCAAAGGUCCGUCUCCGUGGUUGGGGCUCACGAACAGCUCAACCGCCCUGCUAGCUCUCUUGCCUCAAACGGCAGGAGAAGUAGUCUUAUGCUACAGCCAAAAGAAAGACGAGACUCGAGCACCGGGCGAUCGACUCCCUCGGUCUCACGACUCUCAAUCCGCAAGAAGCAGGAGCCAGCCGACAAUAGGCCAAGGUGGCGCUAG